GCGCAGAAUAUAACGCCACCGGACGACGAGAUUACGGUUGAGGGCUGAUUUUACUUGGAUUACGGAGACUAUUAAACACCCGAGUCCGGUUCCCUGCGGUCAUCUGUGGCUGUAUCGGUGUGGGAAGACGUGUGGCUAUGGCGACAGUGACUCUACAUAGCUAACACCAGGUGCUUCCUUGCCUAUGAGGGUUCGUGAUGUCUGAGCUGGAGCGUGACAGUCGAGCGUCAUGGAGGAAAAAACUCUGGAUUAAUGUGCCCGAAGAGACUGACAGCAAUUUAGAUUUAUAAUUAUAGACGCUUUAGGACUUGACCUGUACUGCCUCUUCAGUUUUACAUAGCUGGCCAGAGAGAGAUUUUUGAUGCGAGACAGAAGCUUGUUUAGAUUUUAGCCAAGCCAAUUUGAUGCUGGAAUAAUCUCAAAUCCCUCCUGGGGAUGGCUAAGUGAGUACCCAAGUCUGAGCCAAGGAGAUUAAGAUCAUAUUAGAUUUUUAAGGGAAGGAAAGAGGAACACCUGUUUGACUGAGCUGCCAAAUCCGGACCACUCUGCUUUCAUUGAUUUUGACAUCUCUUUUGUGCAUAAGACUGUGUCUGUCUCUUUCCUCCCGCUCUUCCACUGUGUGUGAAAAGAGUCAGUCAUUGCUUAUCAUCGUCUUUAGUAUAGGGGUGCCUUUAGCAUUUACUUCCUCAUUCUGUGGCCUUGGAUGCAUGACUUUAUUCAUCAUAGUCAACAUUUCCCUUCAGCUGGGUUUUAUAAAAAAAGUCAAGCUAAAGAAAGAGGGAACGUGACAUCAAGUUUUUUUCGCUCCACUCUGCUGCCCUGUCUGCACUGCUUUGUGGAAACCUUCAUUCACUGUGAUUACUUUGCCUUUUUGGCACACUGAGAGAUAGGCAAUCUCAAGAGUAUGAAGGAUUGAUCUUAGUCCUGUGAGUCAAAAGGAUUGCACAAGCAUACGUGUACACACACUGUGCAGCAACACUGGGCUCCCUGUUUGGGCUGCCUCUGUUUGGGCCUUGUGCUGUUUUUUUCCCCUCUCUCUCAGUUCCUGUGGGUUUGAAUGAUUGAGGACGAGGGCCACAGCCUUGGCAUCGGUUCAUUUGUAUUUGACUUAGUGCUCGGCUAUUGUUGCUGACCACCAUCCUGACCCCUGCUCUUGAGAUUGGAGCUCUGUGGAUAUGCAGAGGGAUAGACAUGAAGUCUCGCUGACAAAGCCUGACCUUCUGGGGCAACCUGCACGUUAAAGGAUUUCCAUUUCUUCCACCCUACCAUCCAAGUUGGACAUAGGUAAAAAAUUCAUCUUCACGUCUGCACUUGCUGCAGCACUGUUCGGCUAAAAGGACAGGAUGAAACUGAAAAAGCAGGUGACCGUGUGCGGUGGGGCCAUCUUCUGUGUGGCUGUCUUCUCUCUUUAUCUGAUGUUGGAUCGUGUCCAGCAUGACCCAAGCAGAAGACAGAAUGGGGGAAACUUCCCAAGGAGCCAGAUUUCGGUGUUGCAGAACCGCAUUCAGCAGCUGGAGCAGCUUCUGGAGGAGAACCACCAGAUCAUCAGCCACAUUAAAGACUCUGUGCUGGAACUUACGGACACAGGCGCCAUCUCACCCAGUGGCCAGCUUCCGUUUCGCAGUGCCAAUGGCUCGUGGGUGUUGCCUUUCGACGGCAGACCCACCUUCCUCACAAUAAAACCCCAAGACUGCCAGUUUGCACUGGGCCGUCAUGGCCAGAGUGACCUGCAGAUGCUGGAUGUGUACUCUCUGCUGAGCUUUGAUAAUGUGGAUGGAGGUGUGUGGAAGCAGGGCUUUGAUAUCACGUAUGAGCCCACAGAGUGGGACAAUGAACCCCUGCAAGUGUUUGUGGUACCCCACUCUCACAAUGACCCAGGUUGGAUCAAAACUUUUGACAAAUAUUACAGUGACCAGACACAGCAUAUUUUAAACAACAUGGUAGUCAAGCUUACAGAGGACCCACGCAGGAAGUUCAUCUGGUCUGAAAUGUCCUUCUUCAUUAAGUGGUGGGAGAGUGCCGAUGCUCAAAAACAAGAGGCAAUGCGCAAAUUGAUCCUGGGAGGGCAGCUGGAGAUUGUGACAGGAGGAUGGGUAAUGACAGAUGAAGCCAACAGUCACUACUUUGCCAUGAUUGACCAGCUUAUUGAAGGGCAUCAGUGGCUGGAAAAAAACUUGGGUGUGAUUCCUCGCUCAGGGUGGGCUGUUGACCCUUUUGGCCACAGUGCCACCAUGCCUUACUUACUGAAGAAAGCUAACCUGACCAGCAUGCUGAUUCAGAGGGUCCAUUACUCUAUUAAGAAGCAUUUUGCCUCCACACAGAACCUGGAGUUCAUGUGGAGACAGGCUUGGGAUCCUCAGUCAGGCACAGACCUAUUCUGCCACAUGAUGCCCUUUUACAGCUAUGAUGUGCCACAUACAUGUGGGCCUGACCCUAAGAUCUGCUGUCAGUUUGACUUUAAGAGGCUGCCAGGCAGCAGAAUUAACUGCCCCUGGAAGGUGCCUCCACAGGCCAUCUCUGAGGCUAAUGUAGCUGAAAGAGUUCGAGCACUUUUGGACCAGUAUCGCAAGAAGUCUAAGCUUUUCCGUAGUAAAGUUCUACUAGUGCCAUUGGGAGAUGAUUUCCGCUAUGAUAAAGCCCUAGAGUGGGACCAACAAUAUAUCAACUACCAGAAGCUUUUUGACUACAUGAACUCCCACCCUGAAUUGCAUGUCCAGGCCCAGUUUGGCACACUGACGGAUUACUUCAACGCUGUAUACAAGGCUAAUGGGGUGGGCCAGGGGAUGAGACCGCCUGGUUACCCUGUACUCAGUGGAGAUUUCUUUGCUUAUGCUGACCGAGAGGAUCAUUACUGGAGUGGCUACUACACAUCUAGACCAUUCUACAAAAAUCUAGACCGUGUGCUUGAAUCUCAUCUUAGGGGGGCGGAGAUUCUCUACAGUUUGGCUGUUGCACAUGCACGCCAUGCAGGAAUGGAAGGUCGCUACCCCAUUUCAGACUACUCUCUUUUGACAGACGCUAGACGCAACGUCGCUCUCUUCCAGCAUCACGAUGCCAUCACUGGCACUGCCAAGGAGGCAGUUGUCAUUGACUACGGCACCAGGUUAUUGCGGUCACUUAUUGGCUUGAAAAGAGUGAUCAUUAAUGCAGCACACUUCCUCAUAAUGAAAAAUAAAGAUGUUUAUCGCUUCUACCAGACUGAGCCAUUCUUGGAAACGGAUGACAGACGUGCCACACAGGACUCUUUACCCCAGCGCACUCUGAUUGAAUUGGAUGCCACCUCUCCCAGGUACCUCGUGCUGUUUAACCCUGUGGAGCAGGAGCGUCUGUGUGUGGUCACUGUCCUGGUGAACUCAGUACGGGUCAGAGUGCGCACUGAGGAUGGCCAGACACUACCAGUACAGCUAAGUGCACAGUGGAGUUCAGCUUUGCAGAUGGAUGGAGAAGUCUUCCAGGCUUCCUUCAUGGCUCGCCUCCCUGCACUGGGAUUGGCCGUGUUCCAUUUGUAUGACUCGAUUGACUCCCCCAUGACUUUGCGCUCUGAUACACUGCUGAGGGUACCAGGGAGGAGUCAGAGUGUGCACGGUUUGGAUCCCCUUCCCGUGCGUUCUCUAGUAGCUGACUCGCAGCCCUUCUAUAUAAGGACCCAGUCUCUCACGCUGGGCUUUUCUGGCACCACAGGCCUGUUGGAGAGUAUCCAUCGUAAGGACGAUCCUCAGGAGGUGAGAGUGCAAAUCCAAUUCCUCACCUACGGAACACGGGCUUCCAAGGACAAGAGCGGAGCAUACCUCUUUUUACCCGAUGGCAUUGCCGUGCCAUACGUACAGAAAGAGCCUCUAACUGUGCGUGUUGUGGAGGGUCCUCUCUUUUCUGAGGUGGUCACAUAUUACCAGCACUUCCAGCAAACAGUCCGCAUACACAAUGUACCAGGUAUAGAUGGUCUGUCUCUGGAUAUCACCACAUUGGUGGACAUUAGGGACCAAAAUAAUAAAGAGCUGGCCAUGCGUUUAGUCACGGACAUCCAGAGCGAGGAUAAAUUCUACACAGACCUCAAUGGUUUCCAGAUCCAGCCACGCAGGUACUUCCAGAAGAUACCACUGCAGGCCAAUUUCUACCCCAUGCCCAGCAUGGCCUACAUCCAGGACAGCCAAUACCGCCUGACCCUGCACACGGCCCAGGCCCUCGGAGUCAGCAGCCUUGCCAGUGGUCAGCUGGAGGUGAUUAUGGACCGUAGGUUAAUGCAGGAUGAUAACAGGGGUCUGGGACAAGGUCUGAAGGAUAACAAGAGGACAGCUAACCGCUUCCGGCUUCUGUUAGAGAGGAGAUCCAGUAGCAGCAGGCUUGUGGGUUCUUAUGCCCAAAUCAGCCACAUGAUAAGUAAAGUCAUCGCUCAUGUUUUAGGAUACAGCAAGAAAGAGGCUGUUGACAGUGGACCAGUCAGCUUCCCCUCUUUGCUGAGUCACAUGACUUCUGCCAUUUUGAACCAUGAGGUGCUGGCAUUGCCGGUCAUUCCAAAGAAACGUGGCAUUCCCCCUCUCCGCACCUUUUCCCCAAUGGCCACAGCUCUGCCCUGUGACUUCCAUUUGCUCAACCUCAGGAGCAUCCAGAACCAGGACGCUAACGCUCCCUCCCCGCACACGGCUCUCCUGCUGCAUCGCCUGGGUCUAGACUGUGGCCUCGAGAUUCAGAACCCUGGUUUUAACUGCACCACCACACAGGGCAAGCUGGCCGUGUCGGGACUGUUCCGAGGUCUGGACCUGCAGUUGUUGCAGCCUAUGUCGCUGACGCUGAUGUACUCGGAGCCUCCACUCUCCAACAACUCUGUUAUCAGCCUGGAGCCCAUGGAGCUUUCAGCCUUUAAGCUCAAACUGCACUAGGCUUUGUGACACCAGCACAGCCUGCACACAGCAGUGCAGAGAGACAGCACAUGCCCACAGUCUCUGUCUCUCUCUCUCUCUCUAUCUCUCUGACUGGGCGAUGAGGAUCAUAAACAACCUACACCAACAUGGAUGCUGAUGUCCCUCUAAAAUACUUUUAUAAAGGGAGAUUCCAGCACUAGUUACACUUCUGUAGCUGUCCCAAGACUGAAAGACUGGAAUAUGAAGAUGUUUGAUUUUUUAUUAUUUUUUUUCUUCCUUAAAUUUGCUUAAAUUUGAAUCAACAGAAAGACUAAUGAUCAGAUGAUUUUUAUUAGACACGGAUGCUUGAUGAUCAUCAUUUCAGACUCUUGUACAUUAUUUUUGUUUGUUCUUUUCUGGCUGGAACCACUGACGUUUUCUGUCUCCCUCCCCUCCCCCUUUUGUUUAUCUGGCAAUCUUGUGGAACUUCUGGGGCGAUGUAGCCUAUUGUACGUAAUUGUCUUUGGCUCUUCAUAAACUUAGUGGGACUGAGUGCAAUAUGUGAUGCUUCUCUAAGGGUAGUGGGUUUUGUUUUUAUUUUUUAUUCUCCAUUCUGCAGAAGGUGUGCUUUAAACUUCGUCGCUGACCUCUGUUUUUUUUUUUUUUUUUUUUUUUUUGUAAUUCAGUUGAUUGUGCUGCCUGCCAUAGCUGCAUGUUUCCGUGAAUGUCUGCUCUCUCGCUCUGGCAGCUUUACACAACAGCUUUCUAUCCCUCAUCUGCUAGUCAGUGGUCUGAUUUGAGUUCUCCCUCUUCCAGUGUUGUCAUGAGUGUAGCAAUUGAUGACAACAACUUGUCUCUCUCUCUGUUUUUCUUUUUGUUCCUGAAAAUGCUGCUCCCUCCCAGAUUACCUUGCUGUUACGUGAAAUUUAUUUCCCCUGGGCCCAAAGUGUUGAUGUUUUGCUAAGGAUGGUCUAGUGUACGAUAAAAUAUGCAGUAUACAAUACCUCUUAUUUUACAUAUGAGCAUUGAGAUGUGCAAUAUAUUACUGUGGUGACUGAUAUAUGAAUGCGUGUGGCACAGGGGCUGGGGUAAUAAGGUGAGAUUACGGCACUGUUUACCAUCAUGCAUGUACCGGAGUGAGCCAGUGAUGUUUAUGACUGAUUUGUAGAUCAGUAUUUUUAACUGAUCUAAGCAUAGACUGUAACUCGUAUCACUGUGUGUCUGGAGAUCAGUGACGUUAACAGUAAUAGCACUGGGCUGAGGAAAACCUCGGCCCAUUUUAAUGUAUUGUAAAGAUCCAUUCCAGCGCUGUUCAUAGUGUGUCUUUUUGUCCUGAUCCGGUCAUCCACUUGACUCUGUAACUGUAUCAUUCAGCGCGAAUGUAUCACAACUGCCAGGAGGAAGGUGUCUGUAAAAGCCAAAACUGUUUCCUGUUUUAAUUCUUACUCAUCUUUUUGCGUUCCCUGAAAUGGCUCACCCUCAUCGAGAUUUACUGUGAGAAAUGAAUGCUCUGAAAGGAAAAAAAAAAACUACGCGGGUGGAGAAGAGGUUAGUAGCACUCAUGAAACCUCUGAGCGCGAGUUGUCACUGUUGCCUUUAUUCACACGAAAUAAAAACUUCUGACCUGGUCAGCUGGUCUAAAUGAGGAGAACUAAGGAGAGGCUGGUGAACAGAAUUGAGUCAAUUCCUGGAGAGCUUUAGAAAAGCAUUCUGUUGAGAAAGAUUAGAUUGAUUAAAAGAGGACCCCUUAAAAUAAAUAAAUUAAUAUAUAUAUAAUUUUAUUUGCCCAUCAAAAUAUAUAUGUCUUGGACCUGGGGUUUGUUGGAGCUCAUUUCAAAUAUAUAUAUUUUUUUUGUUCUAUUGAGGGUUUGUUUAUUCACCACAUGUCACUGCCAUCCUGUCUGUACCCCUCUAUAUCUCCUUGCCUACUUCCCCUACAAAAACUUACUUUUGGACAAUUACGUCUAACUAUUUCUCAUGUGUAGUAGGAUGUGAACAGAAGAAUUAUUAUUUUUUUUCUUGUUAUGUAGAGACAAAAAUAUUUUGUUUCUUCUUUUGUGUCGAUUCCUUCCUGGAAGGAUGUUAAUGUGAAAUGAAGAAAUGCAAAAAAAAAAAAAAAAGAGAAAAAAGAAAA